AUGAGCGAAGCCAAAGCAGCAAUCUCGAUAUCACCGCUGCUCCUCCGGCUGGCUGACCCCACUACGACCUUGUUCAGCGUCACUGCCCAGGAAGUUGCUGCCGCCGUGUCGCAUAUUUUCGCAGACAGCAUUUCACCUGUCCAGACAGGUUGCCUUCUAUAUGCCCUUCACACGACCCAAUUGGAUCGUCGUCCGGAUGUUCUUGCAGCAUGCGCCAGUUCCAUGAGAUAUGCCGCUGCUCAAGUCGACCCUGAUGCUCUCGCAAAGGCUGUCUCAACACGAGCGCGCAAGGAGGGCCAAUACCACGGAGGUCUGUGUGACAUAGUCGGUACUGGCGGUGACAGCCACAACACCUACAACGUCAGCACAACCUCGAGUAUCCUCGCCUCAGCCCUGCUUAUGAUGGCCAAACACGGUAACAACGCUUCGACCUCAAAGUCUGGUUCCGCCGACCUUCUACUCGCUGCCUCGCCCGCCCCAGUCAUCGCCGCAACCACCGAGAAGACACUACCCGACAUCUACUCCCGCACAAACUACGCUUUCCUGUAUGCCCGCGAAUGGCACCCCGGUAUGAGACAUGCCGCUGCUGUCCGCAAAGAGUUGCCUUUCCGUACAAUCUUCAACCUGCUCGGCCCUUUGGCAAACCCGGUACAAAAUAGCAACCUGAUCGAGGCUCGCAUUCUGGGUGUCGCGAAGCGUGAUAUGGGCUCUGUGUUUGCCGAGUCUAUGCGCCUGACUGGUACAAAGAAGGCUUUGAUCGUCUGUGGUGCUGAGGACUUGGAUGAAUUGAGUUGCGCUGGUCCCUCAUACUGCUGGGUGCUAAGACCGCAGUCCGAUGCUGCCGACUCCGCAGUCGACAUCGUCCCUUUUACCGUAUCACCCGAGGACUUUGGCUUGAAGCCUGUACCGUUGAGUCUUGUCGCUGGAGGCAAGUCGCCAGCCGAAAAUGCCGUGAUCCUCAAGAGCAUCCUUGACGGUACCAUCGAUCCCAAUGAUCCCGUUCUUACGUUUGUCCUGAUCAACACCGCUGCCCUUCUGGUCACCUCCGGUAUCUGCGAGUCCGAGACCAGCGACAUGGGACCUGGAGACGACGGGAAAGUCAUCACCGAACGUGGCCCUGGAGGCUUGCGCUGGAAAGAGGGCGUCAGACGCGCUCGCUGGUGCAUUUCCAGCGGUGGUGCUAAAGAGCAGUGGGAGGCCUUUGUGAAGGUUACUGGAGAACUUGGCGGUGAGCAAUGA